CUCUCUGCUCUGUGCUUGCUUGCUGCCUGCAACGCUGUACGUCACGUUGAGGUACACAAUGAAAAUCAUGGACGGAUCUCUUAGCCAGAAGAAGAGUUGGCGGCGGCUGACAAUGCAUACGUUGAUGGGAUUUCUCAGUUUUCAUUAUGGAACGGCCUUCGUCCCUGCGGCACAUAGGCCUGGCGGCGGGAUGUCGGCUAUCCGCAGCACCACCAGCAGGUUGACGUUCCCAGCCCACCGAUCACCGCCCGGCAUGACCACCAGCGACGGCGGCCUCCAACACGAUGACAAACGAACCGGGGAAGCAAAAACAACAGCCUGGUCAGGAGCCUGCCGCACCGCGGCCGCAUGCCUGGCAACCGCCGCCAUCCUGUCCUCCUCUCUACCAGCAGGUGCUGCAUCGGGCUGCGGCAGUGUUACUCAUGACCUGCACGGCGAACAGAGGAGCUCGCCGGCGAACGUAUUGAUGGUGCUGGCCGACGAAGGGGAUUUUUCGUCGGCGGACGGCAGGGCCGACGUGAGCCAGCUGGUGCUGGAGCUGAAGAAGGCGGACAGGCCAGACACGCUGCUCAACUCGAUGGUGAAGAUCAACGACGUGGUGGACGGGGACGAGGACGGGGUGUUGGAGAACCCUUUCGCGGCGGAGAGCAUCGUCAAAGGCUUGAUUGACAAGCGGAGGGCUGGGGGGGAAGCAUGGGAUAGCAACACAGAGACUGCCUUCGGCAUCCUCAAGAGAAAACUGGACCCUUUCAACGUGGUCCUGCUCCGGCCGUACCUCAAGAUUGCGCCCUUCUUGGGAGGCGCGUACUACCUGGCCGCGUUCUUCGUGCAGCAGAAGUUUAGGGGCUUCUUCCCGUACGCUUACUUCGGAGCGGUGGCGGUUUUCGUGGCCCCGGCGCUUAUCGUAAUCCUGGCAAAUUGAGCCCCAUGAAGAAAGAGUUCGAUGUAGACGAGCAAGAGAGGAAUGGAAGGCGCUUGAAUGUCCUACAAACACCGAGCAAUAGAUGAGAGGUCGCUUUUCGGGAGCCCGUCUCUCUGUCGUUCGGCAUGCCGUAUUCACUUUGUCACGUACACGUGGCGACAUCAGUUUGGGCCAGAUAUGGAGCUACUAGUAGGGACAUUUUUUCCGUUGCGGGUGCCGAUGUUCGCUGGAAACGUGUCAGCUUGCUACUGUUGCAACAGGAUUGUUUUUUUCUCUGCUGUGGUGGUUUCCCCCGUCGAACACAACGGAACUCCGAAACCCUUCGGACUGCCCGGAUAUGUCGGAAGGAAGAGUAUGUUUCGCGUCGAGACACGUGCUGACGAACGAAGUUGAAACGUACGUGGCCCUCGCUACCGCUGGGCGUUGGCUGGCUGUGGAAUUGGUGUGGAGGUUGAAAUUGCAGCGUGUGCUUAUGCAACUAGCUGUGCACGCGAGUGUCUGUACUCGGGGAAAGGGAUGCAAUGUCUCCGUGAUCUCUCAGAGCAGCUAUGCAUGCAACCAGGCAGCGUUGUAUUUUUUGUGGUGCCCCUGAGUCAAGCCGGGAAACCGAUACUGUCGUACCGUGUAGACACAAGAGUGGCAAUGCUUCCGGCUGUUGGUUUCCUGCAGCCGGACAAUCUCCUGUCGGGUAGAACACCAGCACUGACGUCAAACCGUUGUGCUAACAAUACCGCUGACUUGCGAGAACAGUGUGAUAAAACAGCGCCCAUAUCAUCAUGCAUUGUUGGACAACUUGGACCAUGUCGGGGAUAACUCUCACGUGCCAUAAUUGGGGGAACGGGGGUCACAAGCGGGGACUACUUUCCUCCCUUGUCCAUGUAACGCUAAUGCGUCACCAACCCGGGCAGAGGGUGGUGGUGGUGGGGGGGUGUACUCAUAGUCGUGCAUGCCGUAGUCGUUACA